AUGGCGAGCAGUUCUGGUCAGUUGUCCACUGACGAUCCACAGCAAACUAAGCCGCCCGCCACAACCGCAGAGGAUGAUAGUCCGCAAGUUGGUAGCACCACCGCCGCACAGCCAACGACAGGUGAGUCGACGACAGUGACGACGGCUAUACCAGCUAUACCAGCUACACCAGCGACACCAGCUGCAGUGCCCACAGAGACGGCGACAACAAGCGCGCCGACAACUCCAGCGGCAGCCACGAGUCCGGCCGCUGCUGAAGGGGCAGAAACAGCCGACCAGUCUGAUGUUCUACCCCCCUCACAUUGGCAGCCGAUUCCGCAGCAGGCACAAGAAGAAGAGGAAUUUGAUGACGUCGAUUCAGCUUAUGGUGACGAUAAUGCGAGCUCGACAGCGUCGUUGUCAGCCAGUAUACUGGAAUAUCGAACCGUGCAUGGCCGCACAUAUCAUAGUGAAAGGGGCAAUGCCCAGUCAUGGAACCCGAACGAUGCUCAGCAUGAUGAGUCGAUGGAUAUUCUCCAUCAUGUCUCAACUCUCAUGCAAGAUGGUAGACUCACCAUGGCGUAUAUUGACGAUAGCGUACAGAAAGUGUUGGAUGUAGGAUGCGGUACUGGCAUAUGGGCGAUUGAUUUUGCUGACCAGUACCCGCAUACCGAAGUUGUGGGUGUCGACAUCUCACCAUCACAACCUCAAUGGAUUCCACCAAAUCUGAAGUUCGAGAUUGAUGAUAUUACACAACCUUGGACAUACCCACGCAGCAGUUUUGACUACAUCCACAUGAGGUGGCUGAUAGGCGCCAUUCCCGAUUGGUAUAUGGUAUUCAGGGAGAUAUUCCAGACCUUAAGGCCUGGCGGCAUCUUCGAGUCAAAGGAGUCUUCUUGCGUCAUUCAAAGCGAUGACGGUACCGUCCCAUACGGGUCUGCCCUGGAUCAAUGGGGUCGAGUGUUCUCAGAAGCUGGAAGAAAGUUUGGCCGUACAUUUCGACCCUUAGAGGAGGAGUUGCAACUCAAAGCUAUGCAAGCGGCAGGAUUCAUCGACAUAAAAGUAUACAACAUGAAAACAACUCUUGGGCCGUGGCCAGCAGACCCGAAACACAAGGAAAUUGGUCAGUAUGCUCGACUGGCACUGGAGCAAGAUAUAGAAGGCUUCAUAAUGUAUAUGUGGACAACGGUGCUGGGUUGGACGCGAGAAGAGAUAGCUGUUUACGCUGCGCAUUUGAGACGCGAGCUUCGCUCUCCGCAAUACCACGCAUACUACCCUCAACGUGUAGUUGUUGGACGUAAGCCAUAUUAGGCGGACUUUCUCGCAGCUCUUGUUGAUGGAGAGACGGCACCAUGGACUAUGUAUUGCUUUCUGGAUACGCAGUUGCUGUAUGCCCAUUGCAAACACCGGAGACAACCACGGGAAGUGGAAGGCCAAGUCAAGUUUUGGCUUAUACCCAAGGGUUACCGUACUCCGCCCCUAACGUGAGUCUGUACUCAAUACUAAUGAAGUUAUGAAGCGAAAUCCAUUCUGUUGUCGUGCUUUCGUCUAAUGCAAAUCGAUUACAAAGGGCAUGUCUGAAUGAGCAAGUGAAAACGAGUGAAACAGUCUAACACUUACAUGACCUCGACGAUCAUGCCAUGCUGCU